CGGGAAGUAUUUUUAUGUGUUCAUGGCUUCAAACAUUGAGAAAGAUUUGUUUUAAUUUGAUAUUUGAUUAGGGGGAAGUCGUCGACGAUGACGCUGGGUGGUGGAAGGCGUUGCUCCUCGCUCUCGCUGGGAACUGACUAGAGGAACGGAAAAUGGCGGAUCUCGAAGACGUUACCCUGGACGGGAGACCGCUCCAGUCCCUUCGAGUAGCAGAUUUAAAAGCUGCUCUUGAGGAGAGAGGACUCUCGAAAAGCGGGCAUAAGAAUGCUCUUAUUAAAAGACUCAAGGGGGCUCUCAUGCUGGAAAAUCUGCAGCGGACCUCCACUGCUCAUGUUGGACUGCAGCCAAACUCACAGAUUGGUGAGGAAAUGAGCCAGAACAGCUUUAUCAAGCAGUAUCUGGCCAAACAACAGGAGCUCCUAAGGCAGCGUCUGGAGAGAGAGGCUCGUGAAGCAUAUGAAACAAAUGAGCAAGAGGACCACACAGAAGUGAAUAACAGUACCGCAUGCCCUCCUCAAGCUCAGGAUGUCACACCGGCAUUGACUGAGCAGCACAAGCCACCUGGCCCCUCUGGUGGAGAGGGACUGUUUGGUGGAGUGAAUGAAGGAGAAGCUAACAGGAACCAGGAGGCUGAUGUUUCUGGUCCUCCUGCUUCUGGCUCUGUAGCUAUGCGUGUUCCUGGUGGUGAGCAGCCAGAGAGAGGUUCUGCAUCCAGCGAAGUUGUUGCUGACAGUGAUGAUGAGGAUAGCGAGGAUGGCGAGGAGGAUGGUGAUGAUGAUGACUGGGACAACGGUGCACAGAGGCGAAGCCUCAGAGAGCCAAACAGAGUGCCUGUGACCAGAGAGAGGUCUGGACUUUCCUGCCAACCCCAGCAGCAACACAUGCCUUCCCUUUUGUCCCCUCAACUCCGCCAGCCUACACCUCCUCCCUCUCCACCUCCAGAGUUAUCCUUCCCCUUGCCUGACACACCUAAACAGAGUCCCCCUAGUCCAGAUGUAGCCCCAGCUAGGCGCUCACCUAGUACUUCCAGCUCUGGUUCCUCCAGCAGCGGCAGUCGCAGUAGCAGCCCAGAGCCACAGAGGAGUGGACAUGCUGAGCGCAAGCCAGGCCCGCUGACCCUUCUGGCACGUAAGAUGGCGUCAGAAGGUGCAUUCUCUGGAGCAGGUUGGCACGGUGGCGAUGGGGAAACUGAUAGACAGGACAGCAGCUCUCUCUCAGCUACAUCAUUUCCUGGCAGAGGGCCUCCAGAGGGUCUGGUAUCUGCUAUCACUCACACAGCCAACACUGCAGGCCAUGUUCCAUUUCCAAUGAUUCCAGGCACCAACCAGGGUGUUAUAGGAGCACAUUCGGCCCAUAUUCAAGUACCUGUGAGUGUGCUCAAGGCCACUGCGACAGAAGAGAGGGACAGAAAAGGGGAUAGUGAUAUAGAAAGAGAAAAGGCCCUAGAGCUGGAAAGGCAAGAGAAGCAGAGAAAACUCGAACAAGAACGAGCAGUGGAGGAAAGAGCUCUUGCUCUGGAGAGAGAGAGAAUUGAACGACAGCAGGCCUUAGAAAUGGAAGAACAAGAAAAAGCUUUGCAGCGGGAGAGGGAACUGGCUUUGACUAGAGAGAAGGAAGAGCAAGCCUUAGCACGCGAGAGGGCCCUGGAGCUCGAGAGGCAGAAGGAGCUUGAGAGGCAGAGGGGCCUGGAACAAGAACGUCUGCAGAGGGAAAAACAGGAAAGGGAGAAGCGAGAGAGAGAAGAAAUGGAGAGGGCAAUAGAGAUAGAAAGGGCCAAGGCUUUGGAGCAGGAGAGGGAAAGGGCUCUUGAGCAACAGAAAUUAGAGCGGGAAAGAGCCCUGGAGGCCGAGAGGAUUGAGAGAGAAAAGGCUCUGGAACAGGAAAGGGUGGAAAGGGAAAGGUUAGAGAGGCAGAAAGCCUUGGAGCAAGAAAGAAUAGAGAGAGAGAAAAUCUUGGAGCAAGAGAGACUAGAAAGGGAGAGAGUCCUGGAGCAAGAGAGACUAGAGAGAGAGAGACAGAAAUUGUUGGAACAAGAGAGAAUAGAAAGAGAAAAAGCUCUAGAAAAAGAAAGGUUGGAAAGGGAGAGGGCCCUAGAACAAGAGAGGUUAGAGCUUGAGAGGAAGGAAGAGGAGAGAAUUGAAAGAGAGAAAGCAUUGGAGCAAGAGAGGAUAGAGAGGGAAAAAUCAUUGCAACGAGAGAGGGAGGAAAAAGAGAGGGUGGAGAGAGAAGCUGCCCUGGAGCGGGAGAGGAUGGAGAAAGUAAGAGCUGAGAAGGAGAGGAAAGAGAGGCUGGUGAGAGAGCAAGCUCUAGAGCAGGAAAAACUUGAAAGGGAGCAAGCUUUGGAGCAAGAAAGGGAGAGAGCUCUCGAACGUGAAAGAGUAGAGAAGGAGAAGGCUAUGCAGAAAGAGAAGGAGGAGGAGGAAGAGAGGGCCCUGGAACAGGAGAGAGAGAGGGCUAGGAUGGCUGAAAAGGAGAGGGAGAGUCACCUCCCUCCCUCCAAACGUGGCCGCGAGGUUGGUCUCACCCCCCUGCCCACUCCUCCCCCCCUCUCCACAGGACCAGGUAGAAAGUCAUCGACAGAAGCAGAGCUCGAAGAUAUCCAUGCUCCAAUGUCCCAGAGUGAAGCUGCAGAUUCCACCGCAUCCAUGUCUCCAAUACCUCUGUCGCCUCAGUCUCCAAUCAAGAAGUUCCGGUUCUUAAGAGACUCCCAAAUUCAGCCCCAAUCUGCUUCCACUUCCAUGGUUAUCAAGCGCCCCACUAGCUUCUCUGAUACCUCUCAGCUUCAGGCCUCGCUAAUCGCCUCCCCAGCCGAUCUUGGUGAACAGCUGGGAGACUCCACUGACCAGGAAGGCCCACAGAUGCAGAUACAGACAAAACAGGAAGCUGUUGCUGAGCCCUUGAGGCUUGAGAGGGAGACCACUGGUAGCACCACAAUGAUCCAGAGGGCCACAAGCCUUGUAUCAGAGGACAAGGAAAAGGCAAAUUUGGGGAAGAUGGAACAGGCUGCCAAGGAAUCUACCAAAACAGCAAAAGAAGAUUUGGAUGCUGCACAGAAAAGGGGAAGAGAUGCAAAGAAGGAAGAAAAAGAACCAAGACAAAGAUCAUCUUCCAAUGAUUCAUCUUCCUCAGAAUCAGACUCUGGGUCUUCAGACUCCUCUCGCUCGUCUGGCUCAUCCACAUCUUCACAAGAGAAAACCUGCUCCACUUCAAGAGAUAGAAGGGAAAAGAAACCUGAAAGAGAUUCAUCACAACAGCACAGGGUGAUACGAGAGGCUCAGAUUGAGGGUUUAACCGAAACUCCAAAAGUCUCCCCUUGCAAAAGAAAGAUUUCUGUAGAGAAGAGCGACGCAACUCCUGAUGGAGACAGCCACCCCAAGAAACCAUUUAUUGAAGCACCUCCCAGAGAGACACAAAGGAAGAGAAAUGACAGCGAGGGAGAGAACGAAAAGGAGAAACAAAGGCAGAUGAAGGAUACUGCCAUGGCAGAGCCAGAGAAGCUUCCAGAGACCAACGAGGAGGCACCAAAGGCCUUCUCAGCUCGUAAGAUCUCCCUUAGCAGCAGUAAAUCAUCCCCCGGCACUGGCAAUGCAGAGGGCGAGCAGGAGUCUGGCGCCGCAGGAGGUCGCAAGAGGAGGUGGGGCUCCAGCACGGCUGUCACUGCCAAGAAACCUUCCAUCAGCAUCACCACAGAUUCUCUCAAGUCUCUGAUCCCAGACAUUCGGCCAUGUCUCGGCCAAGAGGCAGUAGUGGACCUGCACCCAGAGGAAGCUGUCCUUUCUGGGGCUGAGGAUGAAGAGAGGGAACAUUCAGACCAGGACCUUCAGAUUCGCCGCACUGUCACACAGGUGGUGCACUCUGAGAGCCAGGAGAAUGGACAGAAAGAGGCAAAGAGAAGCAGACAUGAGGAGUUGGAGGAGGAUGACCAGCGAGCAGAUGGAGAGAGAUCAAAAGAGCAUGAAGAGAAGAUGGACACCUCAUUUCCUGGAGCCAUGGAAACCCAGUCUCCAUCAGAUACCAGCCAUGAUGUAGAAAUAAACACUGUGACCCCAAGUGACACCCUUAUUCGUCGCUCCAUCAGCCAGCAGAAAGCAGGAGUUUCCAUCACAAUUGAUGACCCUGUUCGCACUGCUCGGCAACCCUCGCCACCCCGCGGCAAAGUCUCCAGCAUCGUUCACAUCAGCAACCUGGUGAGGCCAUUCACUUUGGGGCAGCUUAAAGAACUGCUCAGCAGAACUGGCACCCUGGUGGAGGAGGGCUUCUGGAUCGACAAAAUCAAGUCUCACUGCUAUGUCACUUACUGUAGCUCAGAGGAGGCAGUCGCUACCCGUGCAGCACUUCAUGGAGUGAAAUGGCCUCAGAGCAACCCAAAAGUGCUUAGAGUAGACUUCUGCCAGCAGGAAGAGCUGGACUUUCACAAGGGCUUGGGUGCAGCUGACAGGCCCGGGGCAGAGGACCAGGGGCCUGGCUUUGGCCGUGAACGAGCAUCAGGCCUGCCCUCUCUCCUCCCAGAGCGAGACCAGUGGGCUGAACGUGAGCGCGAGAUGGAGCGCCGGGAGAGGGCCCGAGCAGACCGUGAGUGGGAUCGCGACAAGGUCAAAGAGUUUGGGAAACCUGGAGAAGAGAAGGAGGGAGACCGUUGGAGGUCACACUCCAGAGAGAGACGACGCAAGGAGAGGGGAAAGAGUAAGGAAAAGAAGACUGAGAAGAAAGCAGAGAAAACUGAGGAUCCUCCUGCCAAGCUGCUUGAUGAUCUGUUCCGCAAAACCAAAGCAGCUCCUUGUAUAUACUGGCUUCCACUUACAGAGGAGCAGUUUAUUCAGCGGGAAGCUGCCAGAGCAGAACGGACGAAGGAGCGUGAGAAACGGAGGAAGGAGCAAGAAGAGGAGGAGGAGAGAAAAAGGGAAGUAGAACGCAAGGAGAGGAUGAAAGCCGGAGGAGGAGCAGCAGGAGAGCGGAGUGAGGGUGAGAAGGACAAGGACAAGGACAAGGACAGAGACAGAGAGAGGGACAGAGACAGAGACCGAGGUAGAGACAGAGACAGAGACAGGGACAGGGAAAGGGAGAGGGACAACGACAAACGCAGGGAUGGCUAUCGUAGGCCGGGGGGCAGCGGGGCAGGUGGGGGCCGACGCUCACGCAGCCGCAGCGACCCGCGAGAAAGGCGGCGUUAAUGACCAAUCAACCGAUGGAACUGUCUGAAAGACCACCCUCUUCCAUUUGCCUUUCACUACAUGUACUUUGUUAAAACUAAAACCCAACAGAGGACCAACUGAUGUCGUCACCAUCAUCACCACCACCAUAGUUGUCAACUUUUUUAAGCACAUCUACACCUACACACAGUCACGCUUAAAGGGGACCAUUGUUUUUUUUUUUUUGUUUGUUUGUUUGUUUUUUCUUUUUGCGGUGUUGAUUCCCAGAGUGCUGUACAUCUCACUCCUCUCAAGGUUGGAUAUAUUUCUUUAUAUAUUUGCCUCUCUUUUAUUUUUUUGCUUUUAUUUUUGUCCUGGCGGCAUAGGAGUAUGGCACACUGGGUAAUUUUAAUAAUUUCCCCCAAUGUUCCCCAUUUGCCCCAAAGUGUAGGUGCCAAUUAUGAUUUGCUAUCAGUUGUCGUCACCUCAGUGUUUAACAGCUCUGCAGUUUGGAUGAGGAAUCCAAGACUCUCCCUGCCAGUCCUGCCUAAAGAGAAAACUCGGUCCUCUGUGUAGAGGCUUGCAUAAAUCAAAACAUAUUGGAAAUGGUGUGUUUGGCAUUUUGUACAGACAUAAAUGAUUACUCAAAAUCAAGUCUUUGAAUGAGGCAGCUCUGGGAUAUUUUUGGACGUGUGGAAUAACUACUAAGGCAAUGCAGUGUUCCUCUCUCCCUCAAUUUAGUUAAGAGAUGAAGAUGAAUCUCUGAGGGGGGGUUCUGUCUGUCACAACCAACACAAAUUAUGAUUAUGUCUAUCAUUGAUUCUCUUCCUCCUCCCUCUUCUUCCUCCAGUUCUCGUACCCUGUAGUGUCAAUACAGGCCCAGGAUGGGAGGUUGCAUUAUAAUUUUUCUCACCAAUGGUUUUAAUAUUGUUUUUUAAUCAUUAUUUUAUCAUUUUAGUACCAAGCUUUGUUUUCAUUUUUUAAUUUCUUCUUUGAGUACGCCUAUCAGUGGUGAAUGUACAAAUAAUAAAAAUUGAAAUUUGAAA